UCUAAAGCAUGUCUAACUACAAGUCCAUAAGUCCAGUGACCUAAUGUCUAUUCACUUUAAUGUUGAAUACUCAUCAAUCAUUCAGGGCCUUGAAAUAGGCUCAAACAUGUUAGUCAUUAAGCAUUUUUGUAAGAAAGAGCUCCAAGUUAGACAUCGAUGGAUGCUCUCUCUCUCUAACAUUCUUUAGGACUAGUUUCCUAAUUUUUCUCUUCAAAUGCUGCAUAGCGCUUGACACCAUUUCUCUCUCUAAGUCUCUCAGAGAUGGCAACACCUUGGUUUCAGGAGACGGAAGCUUCGAACUUGGUUUCUUCAGUCCUGGUGAUUCCAAGAACCGUUACGUGGGAAUUUGGUACAAGAAUAUUCGCGUUCGAACUGUUGUUUGGGUGGCAAAUAGGCAAAGUCCAAUCACCGACACUUCUGGCUUGCUGAUGAUAAACAGCACCGGUAAUCUUGUACUUCUCAGUCAAAACCGGUAAGGAGCUGCACAGCGUACCUAAGUUGUGUUCAUAUAAAACUCUUUCUUUCUCUUAUUUUUCAAAAAGAAAGCUGAUUUGACUAUGCUUCAAUUAGCACAGCCUUAUAUAUAAAUAUAUACACACAUACAAAUUUAGAUAAGAACCCUAAAAGAAAGAAGAAAAUUGAAGAGAAAGGUCGCAAAUGGUUUGGCGCGUUCGGUGUGUUCGGUUUAUGCAAUGCUUGGUCCGGCGCUCUCACCCCCAGUCCGACCUUUUCCAGCCGUAUUCUAUGUAUAAGAUUCUGCUUGCUGAGGGUUUUAGGAGUUUCACUGCCGGACUUUACAAUUCAGAUAACAUAAUUCGAAAUCACACCCCCCAAUUUGCUAACACUAGAAACUACUUGCUUUUGGCACUUUUAAAUGUCAACUUGGGUGCAACACGGUCAAUUCAUGGCUGCUGUUCUAUAUCAGCUAGGAAUUAUUACGAUAUACUUGGGGUAGGCAGAAAUGACACUGCAUCUGAAAUAAAGAAAGCUUAUUUUAGGCUUGCAAAAAAGUUCCAUCCAGAUGUAAAUAAAGAUGAUCCUGAAACUAAGAAAAAAUUUCAAGAAGUUUGCAGGGCCUAUGAAGUUUUGAAAGAUGAGAAUAAGCGUGCAGAGUAUGAUCAGGUUGGUCAUGAUGCAUUUAAGGACGAGCAAAAUAAUAGCGACUUUAAAGAGGAUUUUGAUUUCAGUAACUUUCAAGAUAUAUUCAAAUUUCAAGAUAUAUUCAAAAAUAAAAUUGGCGGUGAAGAUAUUCUAACUUUUAUUGCAAUUGAACUGUUAUUUAUGGAAGCUGUUCGAGGAUUCACCAAAAUAGUAACAUUUCAAGCUCCAGUGCUUUGUCAAGCUUGUGGUGGAGAAGGUGUCCCUCCUGGUGUGAAACCUGAAAAAUGCCGGCAUUGUGCAGGCUCAGGCAUGAUAUCUAUCCGCAAGGGCAUCAUUAGUAUUCGUACUAAUUGUCCUCAUUGUAGUGGAACUGGCCAGUUUGUAUCAAGGCUUUGCAGGUCGUGCAAUGGAGCUAGGUUAGUGAGAGGACCAAAAACAGUCAAAUUGGACAUAAUGCCAGGAGUGGAUAACAAUGAGACAUUGAAGGUUUAUGGAAGUGGUGGAGCCGAUCCCGAUGGAACUCAUCCUGGGGAUCUUUAUGUUACCAUUAAGGUCCGCCAUGACCCAGUUUUUCGUAGAGAAGGUGCCAACAUUCAUGUGGAUGCUGUUUUGAGUGUUAAUCAGGCAAUCUUGGGAGGAACCAUCCAGGUCCCAACCCUUACUGGUGAUGUUGUACUCAAGGUCCACCCUGGCACUCAACCUGGCCAGAAGGUGGUUCUGAAGAAUAAAGGGAUUAAAACAAGGAAUUCUUACGCAUUUGGUGAUCAAUAUGUGCAUUUCAUCGUCAGCAUCCCAAAGAAUUUGACCCCAAGACAACGAGAAUUAAUUGAAGAAUGCGCCCGAGAAGAGCAAGGUGAAGUUGAGAAGCGUGCUGCUGCUGCUGGGGCAUAUGGCUGAAGAAGGGACCAGAAUGACACUUCCAUUUUUGAUAAUGAAACCUUAGUUGUUAUUCUUGGUGACAGAAAAGAGGAAAGUAAAAGGAAAGGAAUUGGAUUUAUUAGUUACUAGAAAAAUUUUAGAAUGCAUUGACUUUUUGUUUGUAAGGGUAUGUAAUUUUUUUCACUCAUAGAUGGCAUUGAUCCAUCAUCUUUUUGAGGCCAACAGUGAUUCAUAUUGUAUAUUAUAUAUAUAGGUAUAACAUAUUGUUGCUACACAAUGCCACUGCUGUAUUAUGGCAGAUACGCUGCGAUGCUAAAAUUUUUAAUACUAGCAUUGUGGUAGAAUACAUUUAUUCUAUAUUUUUAAUUGAUACUCCUACAUGUA